ACCGGACCGGGGUCGGGCCAGAUCUGGCGGCUUGAUUCACCGCUUACAGAUCUAAUGCACCCAGUACAGUGGAAAAUAAGUAACUCGCCGGAAGCGCGUCGCCGAUCACUUUAAUGAAAAAAUUGUUUUAAAUGGAUCUUUAUUCGUCCGUGAAAUAAGUCAACCUAGUUUGCGUCAUUCAUACUUCUCAACUCACCAUCUCUAGGGCGUUAACAGGGAGGGCUCGUCUCAGUCGACAAUGCUAGUAUGGCUCAAUAUAGACAAUCCGGAACCGAGAGAUUCAACGGUCGCGUCGGCGGCGGUUACCCUCACAACGGCGCAUCGUCUUCUGAUCACGUAGCGAUCGGGAUCCGGAACGGUAUCGGAGGAGCGAGUCAGCACGGGAAGACUAAUCGGUGGAGACGAUCCGUACGACCUGAGAGGAUUCGUCGCCUGGGAAUCGGCUCUGUUGUCUUUGUUCUCUGCCUUGCGCUCGUUGUCACUGUUCUAGCAUACUAUUACAUCUCUGGCUUUACUAACAAUGGCUAUGAUGAUAAAGAUUCUUACGAUGGUGAUUUUCUGACGAAUGUGACGAGAAUUGACCCUGAGAAGGUGCUUGAGUUUGGUCACGGUUCUGUGGUUCAUGGACGAGACUCCAGAUAUUGGGAUAAGGAUGACAGAAGACGGGAUGAUGACUAUAAUGAAGAUGAAGUAGAUCAUCAAUCUGUUGAUGUGAAAAAGGUUCCUGUUCCUGUUCCUGUGAAGGGCAAUGGUGGUUUCUACAAUGAAGCUGGACGGAACGAAUUAAACAAGUACGAAGCAGAGUAUCAAGCUUCCCUUGUCAAAGGUGGUGAGGCUGUUGAUGACAAUGAUGCAAUUGAUUCUCAUGAUAGUCAAGGGGAUGAGUACGUUGAGCCUGGGCAUGAUGAGGAUGACAAUCGAGAUAUGCACAAAGAGAAGCCUACCGAGGCUCUGAACAAGGAGCAUAUUGAGGAAAAGAAUACUUCAAAAAGGUCACUUGAGGAUUCUUCUCUUGUUACUAAGGGUGGUAAGUCCAGUAAAAAAUCACGAUCUGAUAUAAAAAGAAGAGGUCGAGGUCGCAGAUCUUCAGGUGCAUCUUGUGAGAUGAAGCUGUUGAAUUCUAGUCAACCGAUCGUGGAGCCCUUGAAUACUCGAAAAUCUGCUAGAUUCUCCUUACAGUACAUAGAUAAUGAAGAUAAACCUGAUGGAGAAGAACUAUGGGACCCUAGGUUUGCAGGUCAUCAAAGUUUACAGGAGCGAGAAGAUUCCUUUUUGGUUCAAGAAAAAAAAAUUCACUGUGGUUUUGUCAAAGCUUCCAAAGGAUCUCCAACCACUGGGUUUGACCUGACAGAAGAUGAUACUAAUUAUAUCAGUAGAUGCCAUAUCGCUGUGAUCUCAUGCAUCUUUGGCAAUUUUGAUCGCUUGAGGCCUCCUGCCAAUAAAAUGAUAAGUCGGUUGUCAAGAAAAAAUGUCUGCUUCAUUCUGUUCGUAGACGAGAUUACCAUGCAAACACUUUCUGCAGAAGGCAAUGCUCCAGACCGAGCAGGAUUCGUUGGAUUGUGGAAGUUGGUUGUUGUGAAGAAUCUUCCUUACGCAGAUAUGCGGAGGGUAGGAAAAAUACCAAAACUGUUGCCACACCGACUAUUUCCAUCAGCAAGGUACUCAAUCUGGUUGGACAGCAAGUUGCGGCUUCAGUUGGAUCCCCUUCUAAUUCUGGAGUACUUCCUAUGGCGUAAAGGUCACGAGUAUGCUAUUUCCAAUCACUAUGACCGCCAUUGUUUAUGGGAAGAGGUUGCACAAAACAAGAAGCUGAACAAGUACAACCAUACUGUUAUCGAUCAACAGUUUGAGUUUUACAAGGCUGACGGGCUGACCAGAUUCAAUGCUUCAGAUCCUUUCAAGCUUCUUCCUAGCAAUGUUCCAGAGGGAUCUUUCAUUGUACGGGCACAUACUCCUAUGUCGAACCUAUUCUCGUGUCUUUGGUUCAACGAAGUGGAGCGCUUUACUCCCCGUGACCAGCUGAGUUUUGCCUAUACUUACCAGAAACUAAGAAGGAUGAAUCUUGACAAACCAUUUAAUCUUCAUAUGUUCAAGGACUGCGAGAGAAGAAGGAUUGCAAAGUUGUUCCGACACAGAUCAGAGGAGAAGCGAAACCUUAUACAAGCAGCACUACAACAAUAAACGACCUGAACAUUUAAAAAAGAAAAAUAUGUGUCAUGUAUAUUACUUGUUGUUGGCUCUCUACUUCUAUAUUCAUAGUGACAAUUGGACAAAAGCCACGUUUCGUUGCUCCUGAGGACUUUAAAACUGCUUACGUUGGAUCGAGUAUGUUGCUUGGAGUCGAGAACCAGAUGUGGUAUAGAAAAACAAUGUGAGGUGAUUUGUAGACGUAGCGCGCCGUUUUAAGAGUUGGAACCUUGAAAGAAAAAGAAGAGGCUAUGAUUAGAUUUUUAUUCAAUUGAUUGCUUUGUUUUUGUUUGUACCACUAUCAAACAACCAAUAUAUCCCCUUUAAAUAUAAUUAGAUUUUGACCCGCGCUUGAAAGCGUGGAAAUUUUUUAUGAAUAAAAAUUUAUGUAAUUGAGUUUUGUCUUAAUUUAAAGAAUGUUUUGAGAUUAAAU